CUCGGAAGUCGUUGCCACCCCGCCCCCGGAUAUCUUUGGCCGAAUUUCUACUUCCUCCUCUUUCUCUCGCUCUCUCUCUUUUAGGCGGUCGCCAUUCUGGUUGCAGGAUCCCUGCAUAACAAUUGGAAUAAAAAAUCCAACUUCUGAACAAAAUCAGCAACUAAAAAAACCCAACAUGCAGAACGACGCUGGUGAAUUUGUUGAUCUUUAUGUUCCACGUAAAUGCUCUGCGAGCAACAGAAUUAUUGGCGCCAAGGACCAUGCUUCCAUUCAAAUCAAUCUUGCUGAUGUUGACAAAGUAACAGGAAGAUUUAAUGGUCAGCACAAAACCUAUGCUAUCUGUGGAGCUAUCCGUAGGAUGGGUGAAUCAGAUGAUUGUAUCUUGAGGCUGGCUAAGAAUGAUGGCAUUGUGGCCAAAACAGUCUAACAAGCUGAAGACUCAAGUUAUUGGAAGUUUCAUGUUUGUAUAAAAAUAAAAAGUCAAGCAAAAA